AAAAAAAAAAAAAAACAACAACACAAAAACAAAAAACACGCAUCAACAAAAAGAAGGAGGUUGAAAAGAAGAAGGGAGUAGGAAAAAGAAGUGGAGUAGGCGAAGAAGACGCAAAGGAGAGAGUGAGCAUCAGGCGGGAGGGAAACGCGUACAGCGGACCUAAGUGGAGACAUCGGGAGGCGGAACGUAACGGUAAACUUCCAUCGGGACCCCUUUCUUCACCUCCCCCUUUGAGCUCUUCCCCCGGCCCACAAUUGGAAGCCAACAAGCGGGAUCCCUGAGCGACUGAGCAUGGCUUUCCCAUCAGCUCCACUGUGGAUUGUCGGCGUAAUGACGCUACUCUGUGCGGUUCGUAGCAACGUCAUUUUUGACGAUGACCCGCUGCAGCCAGUCACCUCGGACGAGACAGUUUCUGUAGGUGGAGCCGUCACGCUGACCUGCCGGGUUGCCGAGAGCGACAAUUCGUCACUGCAGUGGUCCAACACGGCACAGCAGACGCUGUACUUUGGCGAGAAGAGAGCGCUGCGAGACAACCGCAUCCAGCUGCACCGCUCCACGCCCACCGAGCUGUCCAUCAUCAUCUCCGAGGUGCAGUUGUCCGACGAGGGCGAGUACACCUGCUCCAUCUUCACCAUGCCCGUGCGCACCGCCCACGCCACCGUCACCGUGCUUGGUGUUCCAGGUAAGCCUCACAUCUCCGGCUUGGAGGAGCCCGUGCAGGAGGGCGGCACGGUCACCCUGACCUGCACCAGCUCGGGCAGCAAGCCCCCUGCAAGGCUACGAUGGUUCCGUGGGGACCUGGAACUUGAAGGCCGGCCGGACGUAGUGGAGUCGGUUCCGGACGAGCCCACGUACAAUGUGAGCAGCGAGCUGACGCUGGAGGUGAGCCGUGCCGACGACAACCAGGUGGUUACCUGCGCCGUGGACCACCCGUCCCUCGCCCCGGGAGACAAGCGAAGCGAGCAGGCUCUCCAAGUCUUAUAUUCCCCGAAUGUUCAGAUCCUGCCCGAGAGCGAUUUACCUCGAGAGGGGGAGAAGUUUUACCUCGAGUGUUUGGGCAAUAGCAACCCUGAGCCGACAUCCUACAUUUGGGAGAAGAAGGAUGGAGAGCUCCCUUCACAGGCCAAGGCGGAGGGCAGUUUUCUGAGCUUCGAGGCGCUCAACAAGUCGGACAACGGCGUGUACCUUUGCUUUGCUGACAACGGCAUCGGGAGCAGCGACGGCGAGUACGUGCUGUUGGUGCAAGACCCCACAGCCAUGUCAACGUCGUCGGGGGUGGACCACGCAGUGAUCGGCGGCGUGGUGGCUGUCAUCGUCUUCAUCCUGCUGUGCCUCCUCAUUGUCCUUGGGAGAUACCUCAUCAGACACAAAGGAACAUAUUUGACCCACGAGGCCAAAGGGUCAGAUGAUGCCCCCGACGCAGACACAGCCAUCAUCAACGCCGAGGGUGGAAACUCCGGAGCCGAGGACAAGAAGGAGUACUUCAUCUAGGGAGGAAGAAAAGAAUGGAGGAGGAAGGAAAAGUGAAGACAGGAGAAGGAGGAUGAGGAGGAAAGAACAAUCUUCUAUUUUGUUUUCACCACACAGUUGGCAGAUAAAGGGGAAGAGUAGGGGGUGAGGACUUUGUUUGCAUUGAUACAGGGACGUGAGAUUUGCACUGACACAAACACACACACAAACAGACGCGCACACAACAACUGACUAACAUGCUAUUGCUACGUUUUGAUCCGGGCGUCCCCUUUUCUAACCAGCUCCGAAAUUGUAACUCACAUUCCGACGUCUUUCAUGAGCCUCUUCCCACAUUAACCCCGCACCCAGAGAACUGAGAACAUCCUUAACUACCCGCAUCAUUCCCUCCAACCCACCCAACCGCCCAAAAUAGUACAAGCCACCAUGUCCCCCCCCAGCUCUCGGCCCCUCAACCAACACUACACACAUGUAUACGUAUAAAUAUAUAUAUAAAUAUAUGUAUAAAUAUAAGCAUUCUUUUUACUGGACGGAACCGGUGUUGGGUGUGUGCGCGCUGUAAAUACAAAAAGGGAAAAAAAAAAAAAAAAAAAUCCUCGCUAAUGUAUCUCACCUUCUUCAAUACUCUUAUUGCCUGUUUUUAUUACAUGCGUCCAGAGUAUCUGAAAAAGGAAAAAAUAGAAAAUAAAUGUAACAAUAACGAGUACCAACAAUGGCGUUGCAAUGUAAACUAACUUCAAAUGCAAAUAUUUGUAUUGUUUUGUUUCUGUUGUAAUUAGUUUUUUUUUUUUUUUUUUUUGUUUAUCUUUUACAACGGAGCGUUGGGGCCGCACUGAAAGGGAAAAAAAUAUAUAUAAUUCUGCUGUGAAAAUAAAUUCAGACAUUUUCAAGAAAAAAGUUGUAUUUUAGAGGAAAAAAAAUAGAAACGUUUUUCAAAAAAAAAACUAAAUUGUAUUCUUCUCAGAAUUAAAUGUUGCAUAAAAUUAUUAUUUUAAUUCCUUGGGGGAAAAAAAUCAUCAUACUCUAAAAAUAGGACUAAAAUUGUUACUUUUUGAAGUAUGAAUUAUAAAAAACAACAAAUAUGCAAAAAAAAAACCCCACAAAAUUCAUAAAUACUGCAUGUAUUUUUUAAAGAUAAAAAGUUAUCAUUUCUCUAUCAUUUAAAAUUUCUUUAAAUAAAUUUUUCAAUGAAAAUGAAUCAAUUCAUAUAUAUAUAUAUAUAUAUAUAUAUUUGUGUGUAAAUCAUAAUAUUUGUAAAAAUUGGAGUUUUAAAGUUCAUCUUACAAUAUAAAGUUUUUCUCAAGAGAUUUAUUCUCAUAAUAUUGUGAUUUCUAAAAAAAUCAGUCUAAAAAAUCUAGAAAUAAUUUCAUAAUCUUAUGAGAAUGGACUAAAUCUCAAUAUAAUAUAUUCCCCCCCCAUACGACUUUUUCUUUGAAAAAAAAAACGAUUUUAUAUCCUGAGAUAGAUUUUUGUCUUUUCAGUGUGGCCCUUAUACCCAAAAUACUUUUUCAGGAUGUGUGGGAGUUGCGUCUUUUUUUUUU